UCUUGCAGCUCUCCAGCAAUGGAUUUUUGGGAGAAGGCGCGAAGCUUCGCAGAAGAAGCGGCGAAGAAAUCACAAGAAAUCACAAAAGAAGCCGCGAAGAAAUCACAGGAACUCACCAUAGGAGCAUCCAAGAUAUCAGAUAUUGUCUCAGAGACCGCCAAGAGAUCGAAGGAGAUCGCUGCAGAGGCAACUAAGAAAGCCGACCAGAUUAAGAUAGAGGCAUUGAAACGGGCGGACCAGAUCAAGUCCCUCGCCGAAGGGAUCUCUCCUCAGAUUCCUGUCUCUGCGAUCUCACUCAUCGAUUCUUCUUCCGCUGACCCUUCCCCAUCGGAUUUCGAGAAAUUUGGCGUCACCGAUGAACUUAGGGAGUUCGUCAAAGGAAUUACACUCGGCACAUUUAGGGAUUUUCCUAUGGAAGAUGAGCCGGAAAUCACUGAUGUCCUCACGGUUUCGAAUGUCAGACAGGAUCUUACAGAGUGGCAAGCAAGGCAUGCCACUCUAGUUCUUUCUACAGUCAAGGAAAUUUCAAAGCUAAGAUAUGAAUUAUGCCCACGAGUCAUGAAAGAAAGGAAAUUCUGGAAGAUAUAUUUUAUACUAGUGAACAGCCAUGUGGCUCCAUAUGAGAAACGGUACAUGGAGGAGGUUAAGCUGGAAGCCUCAGAGCAGGCAAUAGAUGAUAAAGCAAAAGACACUCCACCAGUUGGAACAACUUCUAAACCGGACAAAACAGAAACACACCGGCCUAAUAAGGCUUCAUCAUCCACUGAGCAGGAUUUGGAUGUGUUUCUCCUGGGAGAUCUUGGAAGCAGUGAUGAGGGUCCAGAUGAUGGAGAUGGGACCUUUGAUGAUGACUUUGAUAAGAUUAUUGACAACUCGGAUGAUGAAGAUGAGAAGAAGCAGUCAAAGAAGCCAUCUACAACAGAAUGAAAUACUCUUUCUGUAAAAAGAAGGAAGAGGCACUCGUCGAAUAAUUAGAGAAGAUGACACCAAUACUGGGUGAAACGGGCAGAUUUUGUUUUGGGUGUCAUUCGGGGAUGCAUUUUGUGUCUUCAUUGUGACUUCCGAGGUUCCCAGAGAGCCACACACGGAAGAGGGUCUAGAACCUUGGGUUCUUUGUAAAAUUGACCUGAUUCCCUUAUUAAAUUCUUACUCAAGCCUGUGUUUUCCUGUAGUAUGAACUUCUUUUUGUUGAUUCAAAGACACGGUAUGUAUUUAUUACACGCUCAACGUUUAGUAAUCUGUGCUGAUAGAUUCAAACACUCAUAA